AUGCCGAUUAUAGCUUUGUUCGAUACUGGAGCGUCCCACUCUUUUAUUUCACAUGCUGCUUGUAAGAGAUUAGAACUGACUCCACAAUUGGCUGAGACAACUUUAGAGGUUAGCACCCCUGGUGGUGGAAGAUUGGCUGCUAAGGACAUUAUCUCGAACUUAGAGCUGAACAUAGGCGCUGAAACGUUUAAGGCAGAUUUGUACGUCAUCUCUAUGAUAGAAUUCGACAUCAUCCUAGGGAUGGACUGGCUUACUCAAGUCGGUGCCACGAUACUCUGUAGCGAGAGAAAGAUCUCUUUCCAAUCCGCUGGAAAAGAGAAGGCAAGUUUUCAUGGCAUAAGAAUGGGAGGAAGAGUACCAGUAAUUUCAGCGAUGAAGGCCACAAAGAUAAUGAGGAAGGGAGAAUGUCAGGCUUUCCUAGUCAAUUUGACAGGAGAACGUGAAGCAGAUAAAACAAUCGAAGAGGUUCCAGUGGUGCGAGAUUUCAAAGAUGUUUUUCCUGAAGAAUUGCCCAAUCCCAAAUCCCAAUCCCAAUUCCAGAUCCCGUCUCCGGCGACCAGCGGCGCCCCUCGCCCGCCCGCCGUUCUCCUCGGCCGUCGCCAGUGGGAAGCUCGUUCCCAGUCCCACCGCGACCCUCGCCCAGUCGCUCCGCCUCCGAGCUCCGACGACAGCGGCGCCCAGUCGCUCCGCCUCCGACGUAGCUGA